GGAGGGACUAACUUUAAUUGAACGGGAGAUGGGGCGAGGCCAAAAAGGGGAAUGAAGGGGAGAGGGAGAGAAGCAAACGUUUUUCUCUCUAGCUUGGCUCUAUUGGAAGAAAUGUGGAAGAGGUUGAAGUCUUUAUAUAACAGAAGAGUUGGCUUUUUCUGGUCUCAAUCGUGACGAGUUGCUCGCGGCUGGACAUUGGAAGUAAGUUCAUCAUCAGGUGACCAGUCAAUCAAAGUGACCAGCGGAACUACUUUCCAAGAUGGCGGCUUUACACGGUGUUCUUCGGAGAAGGAAAUAACAUCUACUUUUCUUAAAAUGGGAUCUCAAGUGAAAGAUGUUAAACUUCCAGUCAACUCUCCAACGCAGCUGUUUUUGGACAAACAUGCUGAUUUCAUUGCAGCUUAUGGGAAGAAGAAAGAUGAUUAUGAGUACUGCAUAACAGAAUAUCUGCGUAUGAGUGGAGUCUACUGGGGUCUUACCUCAAUGUUUCUAAUGAACAAGCAGGACAUGAUGGAGAAGGAUGAAAUCACUGAGUUUGUCAAGUCUUGUCAACAUGAUAAUGGUGGUUUUAGUGCUAGUCAUAACCAUGACCCUCAUCUCUUGUACACACUAAGUGCAAUUCAGAUUCUGUCUCUUUAUGGCUGUAUUGAGCUGAUUGAUGUCGACAAGACUGUGGACUAUGUAUCAAAACUUCAGCAAGCCGAUGGAUCAUUUGUUGGGGACAAGUGGGGGGAAGUGGAUACAAGGUUUUCAUUUUGUGCCUUUGCCAGUUUAAAACUAUUGGGCCGUUUGGAUGCUGUAAACCUAGAGAAGGCUGUGGAAUAUGUGUUGUUGUGUAUGAAUUUUGAUGGCGGCUUUGGAUGCAGGCCGGGAUCUGAAUCACAUGCAGGACAGAUUUAUUGCUGUCUUGGUGCAUUAGCUAUAGCAGAUACUCUCCAUCAUGUGAAUGCUGACAUGUUAGGUUGGUGGCUCUGUGAGAGACAGCUUCCAUCUGGUGGAUUAAAUGGCCGACCGGAGAAACUUCCUGAUGUUUGCUACUCGUGGUGGGUGUUGGCAUCGCUCAAGAUUAUCGGCAAAUUGCACUGGAUCGACAAGGGCAAAUUACGGAGUUACAUUCUUGCCUGCCAAGAUGAAGAAACAGGAGGAUUUGCUGACAGACCUGGUGAUAUGGUCGACCCUUUCCAUACACUGUUUGGUUUGGCCGGGUUAGCACUACUAGGAUCAUCCGAGGUUAAACCGGUUAAUCCAGUUUACUGCUUACCUGAAGAGACAAUCGAAAGUUUAAAAAUUCGACCUGAAUUGCUGGGUUGAGUGUUGUUAAGUUUGCUGGCUGUGCAUGGUCACGUACGACAAGAAUUAACAACCAGUGACAGAUUCGAGAGAAAUUGUUAACUUUACUGCCUGUACAUGGUCACGUACGACAAGAAUUAAGAACCAGUGAGGGACUCGAGAGAAAUUGCGCCAGAAAUUUGUCAGUAGAGCAAAGAACACAAUGAAUGAGUGAAUUAAUAACCUCAAUCCGGCAGAUGGUUACGGACACUCUUAUAUUAAAACCUAACUUUCAAUAAGAACGUCAGGGUUGAGAAAGCCUAGCUACAAAUUUAAGAAUGUAUUACAAGGCUGGAAUUUGAGUGA